AUAUUUUUGGGAUCUACAAUGAUAUGGCCUCUACGGGACACAACUGACGGAUCUGACGGAGAACUUUAAUUCAUGUGUGUGUGUGUGUGUGUGACUGCGUGUCUGUGUGUGUGUGCACGGUGGGGGUUACUCGAGAAGGGAUUAACUCAGAUGGCAAGAGCCCUACCCUAGAAAUGAGCAGUCAGGGACCAGCAAGAAGGAGCUAGUCUGUAUCACGUCCAAAAAUACUUGGUCAGACUCUGGUCAGAAUUCCAAAGUAUUUUUGGAAUACACAACAUCAUGAGAUAGGUGCAGUUAUCUUUGAUAGGCUCACAAAUCAGAAAUAAAUUAAUUAUUUACUGCCAUUGACAACAAGACCCCCAGCAUGUUUACAUGGCAAGAGGACUGUCUGACCUUUUGUCAGAGUCAACUCACUCCAUGUCAGAUUAGCUCUCCUUCCAUCACUGGCAAAACAUCCCCUGGCUUUCCAAAUCAAUACUUGUUAAUGGCGCUUAAUAAAUUAUUUCCCAUAAAAGCUCCUCGGGCUAACUCUUUGAGACCCCAUAUCCGCAGAUGAACAUAAUGGUCCUAGUGUGUGUAAUGGUCUUCGAGUGAGGUUACCACAGUGCAGAAUGACUGUGAAUGCCUAAUCACUCCGCCAGUGGCUAAGCUAGAGUUAACCUCUGGACUCGCUGAUUGAACAACAAAGCCAUAGACAUACAGAGAACGGCAUAUCAGCAGAGUGGGACCAGCCAGGAGACAAGGAGCAGGGAGUCAGUCACACACAGGAGAAAGACAGAGCAGUGGACAGCUGUAGGCUACUGCAGCAAGAGGGGAACAGGAAGUUGGAGUAGAGCGCUAGAGUUUCCCAGAAAAGGCUUCGUAGUAACACUGAGAGAAGUGGCACAACACGGCGGCUGCUAUCUAGAAGUGCCACUCAUAAAGAAAGCAGAAGCAGGAAGACCAUGAGCAGCAGUUAGAGAGGGAGUGAGAGAGAGAGGGGGAGAGAGAGAGGGGGGAGAGAGAGAGAGGAAGCUUUUAAGGAAGGAGAGUGAAAGAGAAAGAAUGUCAUACAAACAACGAGAGACCAUGAGACGCUAGAGCCGGCAAAAGGCGAGGCACACGGCUUGUUUUGGUGGACGCGGGGGACCCCCCGGCUGGAUGCGCCAGAAGCAGAUGAAGUUGACCAGCAUGGGAGUGAAGGGCAGGGCAGCGGUGGCCGUCGUCUUCAUCCUCCUCCUCCUCGGCUCCCUCUGGCUGUAUGGAAACUUGGAGAGCCCCUGGGAGUCCUGCCUGAAAUCCUACAAUCAAAAUGAUAAGGUGGUCUUUCACAGGAAUGGGAGUUUAGAGCCGUAUACCCUGGAGCUGUGCCCCGGCCAGACGUUCCAAAUCUCCCUGCUGUUCGCUCACCUACGCUCAGCCCCCGUGGGGACGGAUGACGUGCUCCUGGAGCCAUAUCUCUCCAGCUGGGAUGAACUCAUCAAGUUCUUAGUAGCUAUGGGCCCUUUGGUUGGAGCAAUUUCCAACGAAAUUGAGACAAAAACCUCCAUCAUCCGUGAGUUGGCUAAGGAUGAAGCAGAGAGAAUGAGAGCUGACGGGCAGAGUGGCCUGAGGGCAGAGGGGCCAAACCCGGACCUCGGGGCCUACGACUCCGUCCGGUCCAUGAUCUCGGCGGAGCUGAGCCGCGGCUUAGUGGACUUCCAGAAGCAGACGGACUCCGGCUGCCGCACGCUCCUGCGGCUCCACCGCGCCCUCCUGUGGCUGCAGCUGUUCCUGCAGAAGCUGGGCCUGCCCCCCGAGCCGGGGUCGGACCGCCUGCGCAGCCCCUCCGACCUCUGCCGCGAGGCCUACCAGCAGACCCUGGCCAAUCACCACAGCUGGUGGGUGCGCCAGAUGGCCGACCUGGCGUUCCUCGCCCUGCCGGAAAGGACAUUUUUUUACCGGCUCAUAUGCGUCCAGAACCAGGAGGAGGCAACUGCCAUCCUCAAAAAAGUGGUCCACGCCAUCGACGUGAUGUACAAUCGCACCCAGAGGGCGCUGGACGAACACAACAUGCUGGACUUGCCAUGAGCAAAGAUCAUUAAGGGUGGAGCAGGACACUUCGUCGUAGUUCAUGUCAAUGGGCGCAAAACGGGGAUCACUUCCUCUGCAUAAAGGGGUGUGUCAUGCCCGUAGACUUCAAUGGAACAGUCGCUGCCGCUGUUCUGCAUAAAGGGGGAUUUUGACCCCCCCUCUUGCGAUUCGGGUUCCAGGGAGUGGCUUCUCAUGAAGUAUCUUGCUUCACCCACUGAUCUAUAAAGUAUUCUUUAUAGAUCAGUGGCUUCGCCCUUAAAGGGACAUUUCACCGAUUAGCAUGAAGCUUUGUAUCUCUAGAAAACCAGUCAUGUUUAUGAAUGCAUCGUGCAUCAUUCCCUCAGUUUGCCUUGAGAUGGGAGAAAUACGGAUUUCAAUUAAACCCAUGAAUAGGACUUCCUGCUUUCAAUGAUGUAAAAUGAUGAUUUUUACAUCAUUGAAAGCAGGAAGUCCAACAUUGAAAUCCGUAUUUCUCCCAUCUCAAGGCAAACUGAGGGAAUGAUGCACGACCAUUCAAAAACAUGACUGUUUUUCUAAAGAUACAAAGCUUAAUGCUAAUCGGUGAAGUGUCCCUUUAACUCAUUGAGUGCCAACAACGUAAUAUUGCGUUUUUAGCUCCCAUGCGUAGAGUGCCAACAACGCAAUAUUGCGUUUUUCGCUUUUUUUUUAAAUUACGAAACUAGACACUCUAACUCACCUUAUGUGUGAUUUUUGGAAGUCUAUCAUGAAGAGAACUGAAGUAGAUGACGAUCAAAAACUCAUGAAAUCCUACAAUCCGUAAAUGUACGUCUGUCUUAAGUGGCUUAUAUCUCCGUUUCUAGAGGAACAACGGGGAUUUUGAUGAAAACUAGCCACUGUUUAGCUUGCGAUUUCUCAGGAAUGGAGACACGUAGAGAUAAACGGUUUUCACCCACUGAGAGCUCAGAGUCUUACGUUUCAAAUGAGCCAUCGUAUAUGUCCAUAACUAUAACAUAGAAUACGCUGUGGCUCUACAAAAAUAGUCAACAACGAUCUAGCUUGCCGGCACUCUGGGACAUAGCUUCCAAAAACAAUGCGGCAUUCAAUGAGUUAAUGAUCUUUGCCAUGAGUGCCGAGGAAGGUCAAAGGUCAAAAGGACUUGUGUUUGCCAAAUCAGGAGUUUCAUUCUUUCAUGGAGUGGGGGUAACCAGGGACAUUCAGCCCCCCUCACCUGUUCCCACCCAUUACAUGCCGUGACAUGACAUGACAUGGAAAAUUAAUGUUUUAUAAAUAAUUCAAGAACCAAUUUUUGACAAUCUCUGAGAGCAUUGAGGACUCAAUCACUGAUGUCCAAAGUUGAAAGAAAAAAGACCCUUACUGACUGGGGUUAUGGUUGGGUAACCCUGGGCAACACAUCUGGGCUCCGUCUUUGUACUUAAAAAUUCAAAAAUAAAACAGACAAUAGAAACUACUGAGACAGAUCAUUCCUAAUUCAAUAUGAAGUAAUUGUUGUCUAGUGUAAAUGUUUCACGUUUUGAUUGUAGUCGAUUUUAGAUUAAAUGUAAUUUUUAGCAUGAUUUCUUAGGCAGAGCUGCGUCUUUCUGACUAACAUUCUGUAAAAACAUAAACCCAAUCAAAGCGUUUCACUGCCCACCACUAAAAGACUAUAUUGUCCGCCCAAGGAGAAAAAUAAUUGACAAAUGUUAAUCAUUUACCAGGUGAGGAGCUCCCACAGCCAUAAACUGGACCUCAUUGCAGCAGGUCAAUUACUGAUGAUGAUGCUUUAUGGUCAAAGGUCAGUGAAUGGCUGUAGGUUGCGCAUCAUGUUUGUCAAGAUAACCCAAUACAAGCCUCCAGAUACCUUCAGAUACGAGACCGUACCAGAGAGAUAAAAUUCCUGGUUAGUAUAAAGUUCAAAGUGCUCUACUACUGCCUCAAAAUUGCCUUAUAAAUGUUGACCUGAAUGAGACAAUCGACAUAAAAUAUGUCAAGAGAGAUGUAGCUUGGCUGUUGCUUUGAUGUUUUAUAUGUUUGCAAUUUAUGCAACGGUACAACAUAGUUUGUUUCUAGGCCUAGUAAUGUUCUAGGCCUAGUAAUGUCAUUUUUUUAAAUGUUCUUUUUCCAGAGGAUGGUUUAAGCAAUGACUAUUUAUUGAACUGUUUAAACUAUGCUCAGACCAAAUAAACAAAGGCAGCCAAGUUGCUACUGCCAACAUAUUGCAAA